CUUUUUUUUUCCUUUAUUUCAAAUUUAUAGAAAAAAAAAAGAAAUGUCAGCUGUAUUACAAGUUAAAUGGAAUGGAAAGUAUUUUCCUCUUGAAUUUGAAACUACCAAACAAUUAGAACAAACACAAGUAAAAGAGUUAAAGUCAUAUUGUCAACGCAUAACGGGCAUUCAUCCUUCAAAUAUGGCCAUUUAUGCUUUUGGAGCUUUAAUGAAUAAUGAUGACUUGUCACUUAAUGUAUAUGGAAUCCGAAAUGGCUGUUAUGUCAUUUUAAAGACAAGGAAGGGUCCUCAUCCUCAUCCUCAAAGAAAUCAUUCAAAAGAAAAAAAUCUACAAACAAAAACACAACAUCAUGGUCCAAAUGAUGCAUCUAACAAAGAAACAAUAUCAAAGGACGAAGCAGUAUUACUAGAACAAUUAGACAAUAUCAAAAACAAGAUUACUAAUGACAUUACCCCUCAAGUACGUACCUUUGAAAAGGAUGUGAAAGAAUUCAUGAGUCAAUCAAAAAAGACAGACAAAGAAAAGAAGAAGCAAAUCUAUACGGGCGCUUAUCUUGGAGAGCAAUUAAUGCACGUUUUGUUUGAUUUGGAUGGCUUUGUUUGUGGACCUGAUAAUCUUCAAGCGCGUCAAUCAAGAAAAGAGGCAGUGAAAAGUGCACAAAUGUUAUUAGACAAAAUAGAUGAGAUUAAAUCCGUUGUAAAAAAUGUAGCUGUGGUAGAUGAUGAAGUUUAGAGAAACUCCAUUAUUAUAGAAAAAAAAAAAAAAAAAAA